GGACGCGGACCCUUUUGGAAGCGUGCGGUCCCAGAGGGCAGAACUUUGCGCUGGCGUGGACGCUCCCUUUGCUUGUUGGCCUUUGGAGACUCAGUGGCUUCUUAAUGGCUGCGGCAGCUGUUGGGUGAUCCGCUGGGGACUGGAAAGAGUUGCGUGGACAGGAGAGGGUCUUUUUUUUUUUUGGCCGGGCCAUCAUCACUCCUGGAUUGGUGCGGGUGCUUUUCCCUCCUGAACUCUCUGCUCUCCGAAGGAAAAGAUGCCACUGCCUUUUGGACUGAAAUUGAAACGCACGCGGCGCUACAUGGUGUCCAGCAAGAGCUGCCUGGUUGCACGCAUCCAGCUGCUCAACAAUGAGUUUGUGGAAUUCACCCUGUCUGUGGAGAGCACUGGCCAGGAGAGCCUCGAAGCUGUGGCCCAAAGGCUGGAGCUGAGGGAGGUCACUUACUUCAGCCUCUGGUACUACAACAAGCAAAGCCAGCGCCGCUGGGUGGAUUUGGAGAAGCCCCUGAAGAAGCAGCUGGACAAGCAUGCGCUGGAGCCCACCGUCUACUUCGGCGUGGUGUUCUACGUGCCUUCCGUGUCACAGCUGCAGCAGGAGGUGACCAGAUACCAGUAUUACCUGCAGUUGAAGAAAGAUAUCUUGGAAGGAAACAUUCCUUGUUCUUUAGAACAAGCCAUUCAGUUAGCAGGCUUAGCUGUUCAAGCUGACUUUGGUGACUUUGAUCAGUAUGAAUCCCAAGACUUUCUUCAGAAAUUUGCCUUGUUUCCUGUGGGGUGGUUACAGGAUGAGAAAGUAUUGGAAGAAGCAACCCAGAAAGUGGCCUUACUACAUCAGAAAUACAGAGGGCUCCUAGCUCCUGAUGCUGAACUGCUGUACAUGCAAGAGGUAGAGAGAAUGAGCGGUUAUGGAGAAGAGAGCUACCCCGCCAAGGACAGCCAAGGAAGCGACAUAUCCAUUGGUGCGUGUCUCGAAGGCAUCUUUGUAAAACACAAAAAUGGAAGGCCUCCUGUGAUAUUUAGGUGGCACGAUAUUGCUAACAUGUCCCACAACAAGUCCUUCUUUGCAUUAGAGCUGGCCAGUAAAGAGGAGACCAUCCAGUUUCAGACUGAAGACAUGGAAACAGCAAAAUACGUGUGGAGACUGUGUGUAGCUCGACACAAAUUUUACAGACUGAACCAGUGUGACCUGCCGACGCAGACCGUCCUAGUGAGCCCCGGCAGGCGGAGGUCCUCUUCCAGGAUGUCCAUGCCUAAGCCCCAGCCCUAUGUGAUGCCUCCCCCACCCCAGCUGCAUUAUAAUGGACAUUACACAGAGCCAUUUGCUUCUUCCCAAGAUAACCUCUUUGUGCCCAGUCAGAACGGAUUCUAUUGUCACUCCCAGACGAGCUUGGAUCGAACCCAGAUUGACCUUGGUGGCGGCCGCCUGCGUGAUGGCAGUGUCUACAGCGCGCACAGUAGUAACUCUUUAAACAACCCUCAGCCCUACUUGCAGCCCUCGCCCAUGUCCUCCAACCCAAGUAUUACUGGAAGUGACAUCAUGAGACCUGACUACAUCCCAUCCCAUCGGCACAGUGCCCUGAUCCCCCCAUCUUACCGCCCAACCCCAGACUAUGAGACUGUGAUGAAGCGGCUCAACAGAGGCGUGCUGCACGCAGAAAGACACAGCCACUCGCUGAGGAACCUCAACAUCGGCAGCUCCUGUGCCUACAGCAGGCCCGAUGCCCUGGUCUACAGCCAGCCUGAAAUUCGGGAGCAUGCACAUUUUACCUCUCCCCAGUCAGCCCACUACCCCUUCAACCUGAACUACAGUUUCCACAGCCAGUCCCCUUAUCCCUACCCUGCUGAGAGGCGGCCGGUGGUGGGUGCGGUCAGUGUGCCCGAGCUGACCAACGUGCAGCUCCAGGCCCAGGACUACCCGGCUGCGAACAUCAUGAAAACCCAUGUGUACCGUCCGCCCCCGCCUUACCCACACCCGAGGCCGGCCAACAGCACCCCGGAUCUCUCCCGCCACCUGUACAUCAGCAGCAGCAACCCGGAUCUCAUCACCAGGCGUGUCCACCACUCGGUGCAGACCUUCCAGGAGGACAGCCUCCCCGUGGCCCACUCCUUGCAGGAGGUCAGCGAGCCGCUCACGGCAGCCCGCCACGCCCACCUGCAGAAGCGGAACAGCAUCGAGGUCGCGGGGCUGGCGCGCGGCUUGGAAGGCCUCCGACUCAAGGAGAGGACCCUGUCCGCGUCCGCCGCCGACGUGACCCCGCGGGCGCUCUCGGCCGGCGUCUUCGGCGACCGAGCGAAGCCAGACGAGGCUGAAGAGCCCGAAGGGGGCAGGUAUGGCCACAAGAAGUCGCUUUCAGACGCCACCAUGCUGAUUCACAGCAGCGAGGAGGAGGAGGACUGUGACGAGGACAGCACGGCGCGGACCCUGCCGGCUGCGCCCGAGCCGGGGCUGGUGGCAGCUUACCCCCCGGAGCUGCCGCUGGGGUACCCGUGUGCGCCGCUCGCCGCGGUCCCCGGUCCUCUGCAUAUUCUGGAGCCCAAGCCCCAUAUCCCUGAGCCUGAGAGGAGAGCGAGGGACAUCAGCCCUGUCCACGUGGUUAUGGAAGCCCAGCAUCCCCGAAGAGACGGGCUGUUGACCCCUUCCAUGUCGGAGUCGGACCUCACCACGUCAGGGAGGUACCGUGCCAGGAGGGACUCUCUGAAGAAGAGGCCGGUGUCCGACCUCCUCUCUGGGAAGAACAACAUUGUGGAAGGACUCCCACCACUUGGGGGAAUGAAAAAGACACGAACAGAUGCGAAAAAAAUUGGUCCUCUUAAGCUGGCUGCCCUAAAUGGACUCUCCCUAUCUCGAUUGCCCCUGCCUGAUGAAGGAAAGGAGGUGCCCACCAGAGCAACGAAUGAUGAGAGGUGUAAAAUUCUGGAACAGCGGUUAGAACAGGGAAUGGUCUUCACAGAAUAUGAAAGAAUUCUUAAAAAACGGCUAGUUGAUGGAGAGUGUUCCACAGCCCGACUUCCUGAAAAUGCAGAGCGAAACCGGUUCCAAGAUGUGCUUCCCUAUGAUGAUGCGCGGGUGGAGUUGGUCCCAACCAAGGAGAACAACACCGGCUAUAUCAACGCAUCACACAUUAAGGUCUCUGUCAGUGGAAUUGAGUGGGAUUAUAUUGCCACACAGGGGCCAUUACAAAAUACCUGUCAAGAUUUUUGGCAGAUGGUGUGGGAGCAGGGAAUUGCAAUCAUAGCAAUGGUAACAGCAGAAGAGGAGGGCGGCAGGGAGAAGAGCUUUAGAUACUGGCCAAGACUGGGCUCCCGGCACAACACCGUCACCUAUGGAAGGUUUAAGAUCACCACGCGCUUCCGCACAGACUCGGGUUGCUAUGCUACCACGGGCUUGAAGAUGAAGCACCUUCUCACGGGGCAGGAGAGGACAGUGUGGCAUCUCCAGUACACAGACUGGCCUGAGCAUGGCUGUCCUGAACACCUCAAGGGCUUUUUGUCAUACCUUGAAGAGAUCCAGUCUGUUCGCCGUCAUACAAACAGUAUAAGCGAACCCAAAAGCCCCAACCCUCCCCUGCUGGUGCACUGCAGUGCUGGUGUGGGAAGAACUGGUGUUGUCAUCUUGUCCGAGAUCAUGAUUGCCUGUCUGGAACACAAUGAGGUGCUGGACAUCCCCAGAGUGCUGGACAUGCUGCGGCAACAGAGGAUGAUGCUGGUGCAGACCCUCAGCCAGUACACGUUUGUGUACCGAGUUCUCAUCCAGUUCCUGAAGAGCUCCAGGCUCAUCUAAGUGCCGGCGCUCACAGGGACCCAACCGUGCGAAGAGUUUACAGCGAAAACCUAAGUGCUUGCGCCCCUCGCGCUUCCUGCGACGGCGCUGCCACGUGAAGGUCCACGGACGGGAAGGGCCAUGCACAGGGUGGCGCCCCAGGAACGUGCCCAGCAAGGCUGGGGCGCUCGGGACCUGGGGUCGGUGCUGCAGGACGAUGGCCUUGGCUGCACAGGCCUUGCCCUGUCUGAUCUGUCUCAUUUGCAGUACUUGCACAUGUUUCCGAGAUUGUGUUUUCUAGACAAUUCUCUUAUUUUACUGAAGCUAGGCUGGGCAGUUCUGGCAGUCAUGAAGGCACGUGGAUUUCUAUUUUAAGCUAGUUUUUGAUAAUGGAAUUUCCUGACUAAAUAUUUAGGUGUUUUCUUAGCUAGAAACUGAACUUUCCGUGGGGAUGAUCCACAGAUUGAGUGGUUCUUGUGUAACUUUGUAUUUAAGACCAUUAUUAUCUUUUGUUACUAAAGAAUAAAGAAAAAAAAAUCGGGUACUUAAUGGUUUAUUUUACCAAGCCCAAAACUCAAAGGAGAAUGUAAAAGUGUUAUUUUGAAACAUAGAAGGAAUUUUUAUAUUCAGAAAAUUUUUUUAUUCUAAAAAAAAUCUAUAUAUUUGUACCUUCUGUAUUUUCCAAACAAGAGCUCAGCUUGUUAUGAUACUGAGUCAGCUAAUGUAAACAAAAGAUGGGGAUGAAAGCACAUUAUUUAAAAUGUAAGAGACUCAGAUUCAUUAUUUUUUCAGUAUUAUUUGUAAAUGUAAAUAAGUUUGAGUAUAUUGGUUGAAAAUGAGAAAAUUGCAUAUGAUGGUUUUAAGCACUUUUCUUGUUAAAUAAUGAGUUUUAAUAUAUGUGUUGCAUUGUAUUUGGAACGGUAACAGUGGACACUAAAUCAGAAGCGUUUCAAAGCGAAGGAUUAAGAGUAUGUAAAAGGGCUAGGACAGAAGCAAGUGCAUGAUGGUAAUGCAGGAUACCUUGAUCUUUACAAAAAUGCAGUAUUACCUACACUCAGACUGAGAGGCUGUGGUGACGGGGAAUGGGGGCUUGCGAGUUUGGGGCCAACCCACAGGGCUGUGCACAGGGCCUUCAAGGCCUGUCACUCUCAAUAACUACUCCAUUUCCAUGGUGUUCUUCCACACAUAGCUGUAGUCUUCCCCUGCCCCCAAUAAAUUCCGGUUUAUAUUGUCACUAGUGAAGCCUUGAAGAGGCUUUAUUUUCCUUAGGGUGAAAGCAGGACAUAGUAACAGUUUCACUUCUUUUCUCCAAACCAAAGCCCAAGCUUGAAGGGCCAUCAGAUACCGCUGUGGCAUUCUGCUGGCUCUUCUUCUAGUGCCUUUCAACUCCCUCCCUUCACCCCAGGGACAGUUCUAGGUUCUUAGUUACCCUCUUCCAGUUUCAGCACACAGCACUCUUUAGAGCAGGCCAAGUUUGAGGAGGAAGUGUUGUCUUUGGUCCAGGCCAAGGACGAAGCGGCAUCUUGAGCUGAGGUGACACUGCCUCUUCCCUUCUUGGGCUGUUGUCUCACGAUGGAGAGCUUUCAGCAUGUCACAUCUAGAGUUAGUUCUCAGAUGGUAAUGUUCUAGGUGUUAAGCUGAUUCCUCCAUUACUUCCAACACAAUUUUACUCUGUGGUGAGCCCUGAGACUGGACUUCUUGCAGCGGGCAGCAGCCCGACCUUGAGCUCCACAACUAGCCAGUGUGGAGAAAGCUCGGAGGCUGAAAAUGAAUAUUGAAAAUGUACACACUUGUCACUUAGCAACAAAGAUGUCUAUUCUAAAAAGCAUUUUAAAAGUUCUGUUUAAAUACUAGAUCCAUUGAAAAUGUUCAGAAAGAGCUUCCAGAAUGGAAUAAGACAUUUUUAUGGUAAUGUUUUCCAUCUCACAUCAUAUAAAGGGCAGGAAUUUUUCUGAAGGUUUUUUUUUUCAUCUAAUGGUACGUUGGUUUAAAAUGAGUUAUCAGAUUUAACCAUUCUGAAAUGUCCCAUUGACAAGAACAUAUUGUAAAACAAAAAUCUAAUUAAAGAGUAAUAUAUGGCA